ACAUCCACGCUUCACGCGGCUUCAUGCUGCAACAGCAUGAGUUUUUUAUUCGACUAUGCUGUAGGAAGCUAAAUGGAUCUUAUUAAGCAAAACAACUAUUUAAGAAAUCCCGUUAAGUGAAUACUCUUCUGUAAAUGGGCUCAAGAAGAAGGAUCAGUUGACACCUUGGAACAUUACAAAAUCAUGCCGUCCAGAAACCAUUUGGACAAAAUUGGUAGAACAAAGAAGAAGAGAUGGACGGAGGAGGCUAUGGAGCAUGCACUGACUGAGGUGAAGUCAGGACGUUGUACGGUAAGGCAGGCUGCGAAGGAGUUUGGAGUCCCCAAGUCUUCACUCGGGGACAGAGUGAGCGGGCGCGUGACCCCAGGGAGCCGUAGUGGUCCUGCUCAGCUUAUAACAUCUGCUGAUGAGGAGCUGCUGGUGGAGUUCUCCUUGUACAUGGCCCGCCAUGGAUUCCCACUCACCAAGCAACAGCUGGUGUCUUUCGCUUCAUCGAUUUAUAGGCGGCAGCACCGGAGGGUGGCCUUCUCCAAAUUAGGCCAAACCUGGUGGCUUAACUUCAGAAAACGACAAGAGAAGAAUCUAAGCAUUCAGCCAGCCGAGAGUGUGGUCCGUGGGAGGACAAUGUGUGUGAGGAAAGAGGCAGUAGAUCACUUUUACCAUUUACUGAGCUCUGUGGUGACCUCUCACGGACUAAUGGACAAACCACAUCAAAUCUUUAACUGUAGUGAGAUGGGUUUUGAGCUGGGCAGGAAAAGGCUGUCUCUCCCUAAAUCCAGCCUGGGAUAUAAGCCAAUGCCUGGCUCCAGGGACCACAUUUCUGUCCUGGUUUGUUUUAGCGCAGCUGGAGAGGACGUCCCACCAUUUGUUAUCUACUCAAAGGCCUAUCCCAGUGGUGUCUGCUAUAAAAGCCAGGGACCUCCUGGUGCCCUCUAUGGAUGGUCAGAAUCAGGCUGCGUCAGCACUGAACUCUUCAGGAGAUGGUUUCUCAAACACUUCCUUGUUCAGGGGCCAAAGGAGCGUCCUUUGGUACUGGUUUUUGAUGGACACAAGUCUCCCGUGAGUCUGGAAGUGGUCGAAGUGGCUCGUAAAGAGGGAGUCAUACUGCUGUGCCUCCCCCCUCACUGCUCUCACAUCCUGCAGCCACUUGACGUGGGACUCUUUGUGCUACUGAAGCAGCGCUUUGCUGCUCUCCUGGGCAACUCUAAUACAACUGAUAUUAAUUUUAAUGUUAGUAAAAAGGAAUUCUCAUGUGUUUUUAAAAGCACAUAUCAGAUCGCCAAGGAGGAGGAUGGGAUCAGGAUUGUAAAGGAAGGUUUUCAAAGCUGUGGACUUUACCCUCUUCCUUGCCACUAUGCAGUCAGAGAGAACCCUGAAUUGUCAGGCCACAACUUGGUAACUGAAUGUGACGUCUUGUCUGUGUCUCCACAUGAAGAGGUGGUAGGGGACAUCACAGAGGCUGGGUCCCCCUCUUAGCUCCUCACCACUCUCUCCAUUAACUGUGUAAUUUGAUAAAAGCCAAGCUGAAUGAACAGAGCGAGUUGAUUUACUUUGAAAUAGUGAAUGGGUUUACACUCCUACUUGUGUAUGUAUCCCACAUCCCCAGCCUCCCCUGCAGCAUGUUCUGUUUGUCAGCUGGCCAGAGAGGCGACUGUGUUAAUAUUAAUUGCAUGCCAACACAGCUUUGUAUUAGUAAACAAGGCUGUACUAUUCAUUUAAAUGCAGUUACUACUGGGCUUUGGCUUCAAAAACCCAGUAUCAUUGAAGAGGAUUAAUAAAGGAUUUACCUUUUUUCUCCACAUCGUUAUUUAUCCUUACUGGGUAAACUUAAGUGACCUUCUCUGCCAAAGCUUGAGUUUAGGAAUCCUUAUGCUGUUUGGCAAUAUUCUCACAUCGACACAAUAAUCAAUAAAGUCUAACAGCACAUC